AUGGAUCUCUCGGAACGAUGGCAAAGUAUUGCACCAGCCUCAGACGAGCCGGGUCAGCGACGCGCGACAUCAGACAGGCGGAAGAAGCGACAGGCUGUUGCCGUGGCGUACUCACGCCAUGUGACACUACCUUGUGACGGCACAAGACCCCGAUGCAACCGAUGCAAGGAGAACGAGCUAUCAUGUCAAUACGACGUCGCAGAAGGUGUCUCGAGAGCUGAGCGCAUGAAGAUUAUGAAAAGAGACAGCAUGACUGGCGAGCUGGACGACCUGAAGCGCAUAGUCACAUCACUACGCUCGGGGACUGACGACCAAGCCGCCGCUGUUCUCGCUCGAUUGAGACUCGGUGAAACACCCGAAGACGUUGCGAAGACCCUCCCGAUGACAGCAUCUCCAGCGGUAUCCGGCCCACCCCCUAGCUUACUGGCCCAGGAGUCUGCAGGCACCUCUGAAAGCGGUAUGAGUCACGAAACGGCGUUUGAUACGAGUAAAAGUGCCUCAAAGUUUCGGCAGGGUUCCUCCAUCUCUUUGUCGUCACCUAGGAGCCAGAACGCGGGCUGGUCACGUUCAGCAAGUAUUUCGUCAUCGUCGCUUGCGCCUUUAGGCAAAGGGAAGCAGCCAGCUACCGGGGAUACAGCGAAGGACCAAACCUUCCUAGUCCCCCUGUUCGACCGGAAUGACUAUCUGCUAGCGAGGGACGAGGGUGGGGAAGAAAGCGAAGAGGAAGACAAUAUCCAGGACAGUCGGAUCGACCCGCGGCUUUUGCAGCAAGUAUCAAACUUCAACACUGCAGCGCCGUCAUCUGAAAGACCGUCUCGAAGCCAGCGACCCUCGCCGCACAGAAAGAAUACGAUCCGGUCGAUAUACCCUACACAUCUGGCAGGCCGACAGCCUAUAGUAAACACUAUCAGGAUACACCCAAACCUUAAUCUUCGCAACCUUUUCGGCAACAUGCCUUUCUCCAGUAGUAUCCGAAGCAAUCACUACCCACGCGACAUCCAGGACACACAAAUCAGUAACUUGUUUUUACCGACGUGGGCUAUGUUACCUAUCAACACGGUGCCAGACCCUGGUUCGUUGAAACGCGUGGUUCCCAGUAUAUUACAGCAAGCUACGAGUCUGAUGAGCAUGGGAGUAUUAGUAGAGCAGAUCAUCGAGAUACACCCGAACAUCGCAGCGCUAUGGGACGAGGAAGUGUACAGCCACUCGGGUAUACUUUCGAAAUGGGCAGUUGGUAUGACACAUGGAGUAUACAUGGAAGGUAAUACCUUCUCAUGCUUCGGCUCCAUGUAUCUCUUCUGGUAUCUAAUGCGCUGGAUGAUCUCGCCAUCCCUUGAAACCUACAACGCCAUACCCGAAUGGUUCCGCCCUACGCCCAACCAACUUUUUAUGCCCCACAUCAGCAUCGUCGAUUUCAUCGUCUGGCCCGCUUUCCGCGAACUCGCUGUUCAGAUACCCGCUAUGCAGGAGCGCAUGGAAUGGAUGGUGGAUAUGAGCCUUAACAUCCAGUGUGACUGGUCUUUUGCAAUGGGUGAAGCACUUUGUACGAGGGAAGAGACAGGUCAGGUGGAUUUGUGCGAUGCGGCGAAGGAUGCUGUGAGGGGUUUGGGGAGUUGGAGUGUGGGGCCGAGCUUUAGGGGGUAUGUCAGUAACGCGGAUUCGUACGUUAGAAUUAGGACGGAGGGGUACUGA